GGAUAUAACACAGAAUAAUAAAACAAUGGAAGGGCAAAAGCUGACCACCUGAUCGUCUUCUUCCUCACUCUUUCCCGCGCCUCCGUUUUCCUUCAUCUGCCGUUGAACCAGGGAUUUCCUUCAUCCCCACGAAGCGGUAACCUCUAAAGUCCCUAAAUCCGAGUUACCAUCGCCAUGAAUAUUCUUGGAAAGCUGGGAUUCGGGAGCCCCAAGGCCGCCACUGCGCAGGCGGAGGCGACUGGCCCCGAUGACCACCCCCCGCCGGCCGGCCAGCAGUUCGCCCAAUUCGGGGCCGGAUGCUUCUGGGGCGUCGAGCUGGCGUUCCAGAGGGCCCCUGGCGUCACCAAGACGGAGGUUGGUUAUAGCCAGGGUACGCUGCAUAACCCUUCCUAUAAUGACGUCUGCUCCGGGAUGUCCGGCCAUGCGGAGGUCGUCCGUGUUCAGUAUGACCCUCAGGAGUGUACCUACGAGUCGUUGCUCGAUGUCUUCUGGGGUCGGCAUGAUCCCACCACGAUCAACCGUCAGGGUAAUGAUGUGGGUACUCAGUACCGUUCUGGAAUAUACUUCUAUACACCAGAGCAGGAGAAAGCUGCUCUUGAAUCGCUGGAACAACACCAGAAGGUUGUGAACAAAAAGAUUGUUACCGAGAUCCUGCCGGCGAAAAAGUUCUACAGGGCAGAGGAUUAUCAUCAGCAGUACCUUGCCAAGGGUGGCCGCUAUGGCGACAAGCAGUCCACAGCUAAAGGCUGCAAUGAUCCUAUCCGUUGUUAUGGUUGACUUUUACAAAAUCCUUGGUUUGGUAAAUCUACGCCAAGGUUGACAACAUUUGGAAAGGCUCUGCUUCUUUGGUCUAUUGAUAUGAAACGUGAUGUAAACUGUUACUCUCUGAUAUGCUUUUGUUGUUAAUAAAUAAUUGUGGUAAGAGAUUGCGUGCA